ACGCAGAUUAGUCAGCAGUAAAGUGUACAGAGCAGGAGCGCCAGCAGGGGGCGCCAGAGAGACGGAAGAGACUUGUGUUUUGGAAGGAGGAAGUGGUGAGAAAAAUAAGAAACAGGAAGAGACUGUGGGACUGUAGAGAGCUGGAGGCAGCGCACUGACACCGGGAAAAAAGUUGCUCCAGAAGUCUUGGGAGUCUGUUAAAUGGUUGGACAGACUGGAGACUAUAAGGAAGUGACCCUCCGCCGACCAGCAGCAUGUCUCUCCUCCUCACACUGCUUCUAUAUGGACAUCUAGCAUUCAUUAAAGGAGGUUCCAUUUAUGAUUCACCACCCUGCCUACCAGGUUUCUUUCAUUGCAAGUCUGACUGUGUUCCCCUGUUUUCUGUCUGUGAUGGUUCUUUUGACUGUGAGGAUAAAUCUGAUGAAAUGUCAUGUUCAUCAUCUUGCAACUUUACACUGAAAGACUUUUAUGGAGUCUUCUCCCCUCCUGGGUAUCCAGGAUCUCCACCCUUUCCUCUACCAUCUCAUUGCCGUUGGUUGAUUAACUCUGAAGAUAGCCGUGGACUUGCUUUGCAAUUUUCUGCCCUACAGCUUUCUGAGCUAGAUGCUCUUGUGGUUUAUGAAAAUAGUGUUGGGGACUUUCCACGCCUCCUUCGUGCCUUGUACCAACAGAGCAAUGGCAAAUCUGUCACAGUGGAGUCUGUUGGGGGCAGAGUAACCAUCAUUUAUCAAUACAACUCAAAUAUCCCUCAUUAUACCAAUAUUGAUUCUCCUAUAACAUACGACUCUGGCUUUGGACUUUCCAACAAUGAGAACCAUGACCCUGGUCCUCGCUUUACUGACCAGAUGGGAUCACCACCUUCUCAGUUUCAUUUCACUGGCUUUAACAUGCACAAUGGGUGGUAUCCAACAUUUCAUUCUCGAGGAUUUAAUGCAACUUAUCGUGUGCGGGGCUACUGCCUUCCUUGGGACCAGCCUUGUGGCUCCAGUCCAGGUCUGCUAUGGGAUGAUGGAGUGGAGGUAGGUGGUGGCUGUUUUUCUGACUCACAGCGUUGUGACGGAACCUGGGACUGUGCUAAUGGCAGAGAUGAAGCUAACUGUUCAAAUUGCCCUGAGGGGCAUUUUCCAUGUACAAGUGGUCGAGGCUGUUACCCCAUUACGGAGCGGUGUAACUACCAAACUUCUUGCCAAGAUGGUACAGAUGAAAGAGGCUGUCGUGGAUGUCAGCCUGGUGGCUUCCAUUGCGAUCUGGAGCGCUGUGUGUAUGAGGCAUGGGUAUGUGAUGGUCAAGCCGAUUGUCGAGAUGGAAGUGAUGAAAAAAACUGUGGCUAUGCACUUCCCCGUAAAGUGAUUGCGGCUGCUGUUAUAGGAAGCUUAAUCUGUGCUACUUUACUUGUUGUAGCAUUAGGAUGUACAUGCCGACUCUAUACUUCAAGAGCACGGGAGUAUAGCAUAUUUGCACCUUUAUCUCGGAUUGAUGCAGAAUUGAUCCAGCAGCAAGCACCACCUUCCUAUGGACAGCUGAUAGCUCAAGGAGCUAUACCACCCGUUGAGGACUUUCCCACUGAGAAUCCUAGUGAUGGCUCAAUUAUGGGAAACCUCCGCAGUCUACUACAGUUCCUGCAUCAGACACCACCUCUUCCUGCUGGUGGCCUAAAUGAACUGCCUCCUAGACGCCGCCCCCCUCGUCCUGUUCGGCGCCUUCUUCGAAGACUUCGCAGAUGGGGUCUUCUUCCGCCCCGAACACAGGGGACACAAACUGAACAACCUCAGAAUCCAUGCACUGGUCCAUCACUCCUGACGUCAGAAAGCACUGAUCAAACCUCUGCUCCACUACUUCCAUUGAAGACUCCUUUAGAUUCUCCUAGUUAUUCCUUGUCCUUGACUGAGCCUUCAGCUUCUUCCCAGCACACCUCCCCAGUGGAAGAUAGGAGUGGACUAAUGAUCGGGAUGAUGCAGGUGGUGCGGGAAAGGGUUUUGCCUCCCCUUGGUGCAGAAGAUCUCUCAAAUGGAAGGUUUGGGGAGGGUGCUGUAGGGCUUGAAGGACCUGAAGAGGAGGAUGAAAUGCUGCUGUUGCCAUUAGCAGAAGGCUAUGAUGGGGCAGCAGGAGAUGUAGGGUUAAUUUUAUGUUAGCAUAGCUUCUUCCCUAUCUUCUCAUGAAAUAUUUGCACAUAGUGAAGGGUUUUGUAAGAGCUUGUAUACACUUGCCCUGAUCCCUGCUUGAAGCUUAGUGAAGCUGAAAUCUGAUAACAAAUGGGCUUAGUAGAAAAGAUGAACGUCAGCUCAAAGACUGUGUAGAGUAAAAGUUGCCCAUAGCAACCAAUCAGAUUGCUUCUUUCAUUUUUGAGAGUCCCUUUUAAAAUGAAAGAAGCAAUCUGAUUGGUUUGGGCAACUGGUCAACUUUUCCUUUGCACAGGUUUUGAUAAAUCUCCCCCAAUGUGCUGAGAUUCUAAUGCAGUGGUCUCAAACUGGUGGCCCUCCAGAUGUUGCAAAACCUUAACUCCCAGCAUUCCCACAGCCAUUAGCUGCAGAAAAUGGCUGUCUGGGCAUGUCCAGGCCUGCUGGGAGUUGAAGUUUUGCAACAUCUGGAGGGCCGCCAGUUUGAGACUCCUGAUCUAAUGACUUCUGUCUAUCAUCUAUAACCAGCUGUGUUCCAUGUUUGUUGAAUUCACUAUGGAUUCAUAAGCCGUUCUAAUUUAGUGUAAUUUAGUUUUGCAGAAGCAUACCACAGUCUCUAUGAGGGAGAUUUAUCAAAACCUGUCCAGAGGAAAAGUUGCUGAGUUGCCCAUAGUAACCAAUCAGAUCACUUCUUUCAUUUUUGAAAAGGCCUUGUUUAAAAUGAAAGAAGUGAUCUGAUUGGUUGCUAUCGGCAACUCAGCAACUUUUCCUCUGCACAGGUUUUGAUAAAUCUCCCCCAUAUAUGUGUGUAUGUACAGAUUGUAUAUAGAUAACUUAGUACAUUACAUUACUUACAAUGUAGGGCUCAUCAGUAACAGUCUGUAUUAUAGCCCAGAGCUGCAUUCAUCAUUUGGUUGUUUCAUUCAACAGACACAUCCCCAAAGCUUUAUCUUCUCAAUGUAAAGGGCCUUCGAGAGUGGUGUAAAGUCUAUGGGAGUGAUUUACUAAUUCUGUCUAAUAUUUAGAGAGUGUAAAUCUGCGCAAAUUCCUAGACAUGUUGGACACUGUUGUCGAUACUUUACUCCAAGAAACAUUGGCCCUGAUUUACUAUUGUAACCCCAAUCUGUUUUGUUGGGUUGUGUGCCAAAAUGUGGGGUAUUGUGCCACAAAUUGUGCCUGCACCAAUUUGCAACCAAAAAAAAAAACCUGACCAAUUUUACUUAGAAAACCCGAAAAAGUGUUCUUUUUCCGUCCUGUGUCUUAGAGACUAGGACAGCCCCAUAGACUUACAUAAUGAGAAUAUGCUAAGCGCGUGCUGCUCCUGGUUCGUAAUCAUGCUAGGCCUAUGACAUGUCAAAGGUUUUAUUUCAUGACAGGUACAUUUUAAAAUGAAAACUUUCUUUGUUAUCCAUGGCAAGCAAUCACAUCACAGCUUUGAUUUCAUACAACACUCUUUAAAAAUCAACCACCAGUGCAAGCAGUGUGCAGAUGUUGAACAAGCAAGGAAUACUCAGAGUUUAACACUGUGAAUGCAGCUCUUUAGAUUCAGGUUUAUAACCCCUUCCUGACACAGUUUUUUUUCUUGGUUUUUCAUCCUCCCCUUCCAUAACCUUUUUUUAUUUUUCUGUUGACUGUGUUAUGAAAACGUUUUUAAUUGCCCCAUUUAGUGUACCAUAUCAGGUGUUAAAAAACUUUUUGGGGGUGACAUGGGGGGAAAAAAAAACACCAUUUCUCCAUUGUUUUGAUAACAUGUUAACGCGGGUCACUUUAAUUAAGACAAUAACAAAUGUAUAUAGUUUUAAUUUUUUUGACAAAAAAAUUACUUCUUAUUGGGACCAUUUUGGUGAACGAUGACUUUUUAUUCCCUGCAUUUUUUAAGGCCAGAACAUGUGGCAUUUUUUACAGUAUUCACCAUGUGGGAUAAAUGGAGUGAGGAUAUACUAGUUGGUGACACCAAUUAUAUUCAAUUUCCUUUGUAAGAUUUUGGGAAAGAAGGUAUUCUUAAAAUUUUUAUAUUUUGAGGUUUUUUUUUUCUCGUUUGGUUUUAGUUUUUAAUAAUUUUAGUCCGUCUAGGGGAUAUAUACUAAAGGUUAUUAUGCUGGAUCCUACAGUAAUCCCCAGACAAUCCAACACACGCCAACAGAUUGUGUUGUGGGGGCAAGGGUUUGAUCCCCAAGCCCCCUCUCUGUCCAACUGCUUAACUGCCACAGUUGUUUUUGACCCCAGCAUAUGAGUGGGUAUACAGCUGGCAGUGGAGUUAUCUCUGAUCUCAACCACUACCUUACAGUGUUAGCUGUAGUAAACUUUUUGCCUAUGUACAUUAUAUGGCAGAGGUCAAGAAGGGGUUCAAAAUGAUUGCCAAGCUUUAAGAUAUGCCAACAGUGUUCAAUAAAUUGACACCCUUGCCAAUCUUGGGUUAUCGCCUCUGUUUACAUCAGUUCAUACUGCAUAAUUAUACAUUGGGACAAAGCUGCAUUAACGUGCAAAUUAUGGCAUUAUACAUUAAAACCUGGAUAACACUUUUAAAGUAAAGUAUUUGCAAAGGUGUUUGACUUUUGAUAUGGAUUCAUGUUAUAUAUAAACUGCAAAAUGCUGUACAGUAGGCUUUUUUGUAGGCCCCUCAAAGCAAGACUAUAGAGAGGGGUGUGAUGUUACAAGGGGCGUGGUGGACCCCUGCAGCACGCACACAGCGUUCAGAACUAAAUGUUCUGAACACUGGCCAAUGGAGUACCCCUUUAAGGUUGCUUUUGCAUAAGUGAAUUUAAGGUGCAUUCCCCCAAGAAGUCUUGUUUUUUUGGGGGGGGGGCAAAGGUAUGAAUGUGAAUAGAAUGCCCUGAAUAGAUAAAUGUAUACAAACCCUAACAUUUACCAUGUGACUGUACACUCCUGCCUUGCCAUGCGGUCUAAUGUGAAAAAGUGAAAUUGCGUAAGACAGUGGUGACUGGACUUGUCUGAUGUAUCAAAUGCUAUAUUGGUGUUCUUGACUUAGUUGUAGACUUUAGAGCAUUCCCACAAGUAUUCUCAAUUCCCUUGAGGUAAGAAGUGGGCAGAGACACAUAGGAUACAUCCCUUUGACUUAUAAAAAUAGAAUACACAAAUUCUUACAGGACUGAAAAGCUGUGGCUCUGUUCUUGUACAAUCGCCAGCGAAUUAGAGUAGCAGACAAGUGGAGAUUUGCUGCAAACUUUUUCCUAAAUGGAAAAUUGGACAUUGGCAGUAAAAAUGCACAACAUUUCCAUGACUUAUGCAGGGACAUCUGCAGCAGUAAAAUUCAAAGGUAUUAUAUGUCCAUCUUGUUAGUUUACAAAGAGUUUAUGGUAGAUAUAACUACAAGCUGUUGCUUGAUAUGAUAUUUGAUCUGCAUCUGCUUUAUUGGAGAAAAUAUAGACACAAGCGAUGACCUAGACUUGUCCCGUGUGCUAGUAAAAAACCUAAGCAAUCUGCAAACCAACUUGUGUAUGUAUUUACUCCAUUUUUGCUGAACCUUCAAACUUUGGUGUAAGGAUAUUUAUGGCCAAAUAGGCUGUUGGAGAGAUUUUUGAAGAAAGUCCCCCAAAUUUUGCACUGUAUUAAACGUGCUAAACAUGACUGCUGUUGGAUCUACCAAGACAUAUUGAGAGUACCUGAAAACAAUGAAGUCAUAAAGUAAGAAAUUGAGGUUUACCAUACUUAAAUUGCUAUAAAAAGGAAAAGUAGUGUAUAUGCGACAAAACUGCAUGACAAUCUUGGCUCAAACUGUGCUUAUGAUAAGACCUGCCCUCAGCUUUCCAGCUAUGUUCAGCUAUAACAGCUUGUUGGCAUUUAUUACUGGUUUGGUGGCCUUUUUUAUGCAACUGUGCUUUAUAGGAAUUUUUCAUUGUCACCAAUAAAACUGCUAGAUCAUUGUGUAUGCAGGCUUUAAUAGGUCUUCCAGAAAUGGGUAAGGAACCAUUGCAUAUUACAUAUUUUCUUUACUGCAAAAUGUCAUUUGUUAUGCAUAAUGAAUGAAAUGUGGCACAAUACCAGAGUUCACAGUACAGAGUUGGCCUUUCUAUAUGUCUCUUAAAGGGAACCUGACAUGUUGAAAAUGCUGUAUAAUCUGUAAGUACUGUAACCUGUAAAAGCAAGUGGAGCUGAGCAGAUAAAUAUUUAGUUUUGUGGAAAAAGUUUCUAGAUAGCUUACCAUUUAUUCAUGUAAAUCUCUGCACAUUCUGAGCUAAGUAGUCAAGUGGACGUCCUACCCAAUGAUUGACAGCUAGUUAUUUAUAAAUGUGCAUACAGAGAGAGCUGUCAGUCACUUAGUAGGACCGCCCACAUGACUAGAAGGAAAUUACUAGACAUCCUGGAACUGUAUAUACGUCUGCAUUGCUCCUUCUGCUCUAUAACAUGCUGCCUGCAGAUUAGAUUGCAAUUACUUCAUCACAUAGUUUUUAUUGAUUUAUAAAUGUAUAAGUAAACAAAAAUAGAUAAAUUAUGGGCAAAGCAGAGUAUGGUAGCUCAUACGCAUAGAAGCAGAUGUUAUUACCACAUCAAGCAAAAGUAUAAACAAACUAGAUUAUUGACAAGAAUACUUAGAAAUGUUCAUUUAGAUAACUCCUAAAAGUUAGCAGUACUUCUGAUGUGUUAUGGAAGGACCAACAAUUUGAUGGCUACUUCAACAGGAACAUGUAGAUAAGUCUAUCUACUUCACAUUUUAGGUAUCCCUUAUAACAAGUUUUUAGUCGCUUAAAGCGUACCUGAUACCACACACACUCACAAAUAAAAAAAAGUUACUCAGUACCUAAUCCUGAUCAUGUCCAUCUAAUUUAAUGCCUCUAUCACCUAUAUUUAUUAUGAAAAUACCUCUUUUCAUUAGCUCACAAUGUUAGUUGUCUCAGGGGAAGGGGGCGUGUCCCUCCCUUGUGGUGGUGGGAGGUGAUUGGUCUGUCUGCUCAUCCAGCCUUGUCCAUGACUUAUCUCUUGUCCAUGACACAUGGACAAGCCUGAUGGUGCUGUAGGACUGGUUACUGUACUAGUAAACACCAGAUUACAAAAUGCCUUUUUGUUUUCAUCACUAAUAAUAUAUAAAAUGUUUUUGGAUCUGACAGUGCCCAUUUAACAACUAAAGCAAAGGGACCGGCUCCAAUAUAAGAAUGUCAUGGUAAAUGACUGUGUGAUCUUCAAUUGCAAUUUCAAUGUGACCUAUUAAGAGGGGAAAAUCCAAAGCACAAUGCUCUGUGUGCUCAUAAUAUUGAUGUAAAAUUCUUGUUUGAAAAAUGUUGAGUUAUCAUGCUAAGUUCAGAUUUUAGUUUGCAUGAGUUUACAAGAAUGCUGGUAAUCCAUGUCCUUGAUAUAGAGAACAUUGCUUGUGUUCUUCAGGCCCAGUAAUAGAGCACAAUUUGUAUCUUUUUAAUUUCCAAGUGGUAAUAUAAAUAGCCACUCUGAAGUGCCAUACAUUGAGUGGUAAGCCUGCUAAAUAACAUCAUGAUUGACCACUAAACUAUUAAUGCAUUAGAAAGUGGCAUGUGCAUGGGAUAGAUGUUCUACUGUCUUUACAACUUGUCUAUCUGGUUUCACUUUUUCCACCACAAAUUUCUAGGUAUUUGCUGUUUUGACAAUCAGUGGGAUAAAAUUCUUUCCAUGUUAUGUCCCCACUUUUUCUACAAAUACAAAUUUCCCUGAGCAUCUUUGUCGAAUCCGUUGUGUAGAAAUAGGAUGAAUCUUUUAUUUUUCUAUUGAAAAGUAUACCUAAAUCACAGAGUAUUUUUAUUCGGUUCACUGGAUGUAUAGGGGUCUUCAACAGAUUUGCCUGGCUGAGGGUUCACACAUUAGGGCCAGGUUUACACAGGGCAGUUUUUAAUGAUUUACUUUUUUUCUAACCAUAACUUGAUCCUACAGAGGAGGGAUAUAUGAAUGAUCCCAUAGAUCCAGUCCCAGUAGUUAAAAAAAAAAAAAAAAAACCUGCAGUGUCAACCUGGCCUGAUCAUACGUCUGCUGCAGCUAUGUAAUGCUGUAUUUGUUAAUGACUAACAUACCAGACGCUCAGAAACCUCCGAGAAUGGGUUCAUGAUUGGUGUGGGUUUGCAUGCUGUGCUUAAAUUAUUUAUUUUCUGUGAUUGUAUAAAAUAAAUCCUUAUGAAAGUU